GGCUCUGUGUGAAGUGUGUGAGAGAGGCUUUAAAGAGCGAGUGAGAAUACAGAAGACACACACGACUCUGAUCGACAUGGACUCAGGUGCGAAGAACACAGGGAGCAUCACAGAUGAAGAGGUGUCUGUGAUCCGGGACACGUGGAAACCGGUGUACGAGGUUAAAGAAGACGCCGGGGUGGCUGUGCUGGUCAGGUUUUUCACAAACACUCCAUCGGCUAAGCAGUACUUCGAUCAAAUCCGUGAAAUCCAGGAUCCAGAAGAGAUGCGUAAGAACGCCCAGCUGAGGAAAAAUGCAAUAAACAUCAUGUCGGGCCUCAACAAGCUGGUGGAGAAUCUUCAUGACGGAGACAAAGUCAAAAACAUUUUCAAUCAAUUGGGUGAAACACAUGCGCUCAAAUACAAGGUGGACCCCAGUUACUUUAAAAUUGUAACUAAGGUCAUUCUGGAGGUGCUGGUUGAAACUUUCCCAAAAGUCUUCAGUGCAGCGUCAGUGCAGGGGGUGUGGUCUAAACUCAUGAGCAUCACGUGCGUUGAGCUGAAUAAAGUCUACACUACAGUCGGCUGGGAUUCCAUCAAAAACUCUACUUAACUGGAUGAAAUUACUAAUAAAAUACAGACGGGUGAUCCGCUUUUUUUCAUGUACUGAAAUAAUUCUUAAACGGUAAAUUAGACAUUGAUUGUAAAAUGUAUUUUAAUAAAGCUUCUCUUCUUGUGUCAUUCUU